AUGUCCUCAAAAAUCGUCACCCUCGAGGAGCUCCGCGCUAACAAGUCGCGCGACAAGUUCUACAUCCUCAUCCACGGCAAAGUCUAUGAUGCUACGAAGUUCAUGGACGAGCACCCCGGAGGCGACGAGGUGAUCCUCGCUGAGGGUGGCCAGGACGCGACAGAGGCGUUUGAGGACGUCGGACACUCAGACGAGGCUCGUGCACUGCUCCCUGGGAUGCUCGUUGGCGAGUUCGAGAAAGGCUCGGACAUCCAACUGAAAUCAGGUGCCGCCGCUGCCCAAGCUAACCGUGUGUCCGGUGCCGUCGAGCAAGGAUCAAAUAUGAUGUACUUCCUCCCUCUCGGUCUCCUGGGCGGCUACUUUGCCUGGCGCUUCUACACCACCGGCGCAGCUUGA